CUGGAUGGGUGGGUUGGGAUAGGGAGGAAGAAGCAGAGGAAGGGUCUGAGCUUGCUGAAGAGGCAGAGGUCCCUUAGGUACCCCCACUCAGCACCAGCACCCCUCUGGAUGAGCUCUCUUCCCAUGUUUUGGGAGGAGAGGGGUUAAGCCAAAGCAUCCGAGCUAAGCCCCGGCAGGAGGAGGCUAAAACCUCCCCAGAACAAAGCUCACAAGGUGGUGGUAAGCUGGUAAAACCUGUGGGAAUGUGGGAGCCUUCGGAGGGGGAGCGGGGUCCUGGAUGGGGAGCAGGGUCCUGGAUGGGGAGCGGGGUACUCCUGUGCCCCUUUUCCUCACAGUCCUGGCCCCAGGUUAUUUUUGGAACAAUUGCUUGGCCGGGCUUCAAAAAUGUCCUGGGCUCGUUUUUGGAGGAGCCCGGAGCCUGCGAGCUCUCAGCACAGGCUGUGGGGUAUCCCAGGGAGAUCCGGGAGCCCCUGGGAAGGGCAGCCAGGAGGCAGGACACUCCUGGAGCCCCGCACUGGGAUCGGGGUGGCUGCUGCAUUUACGGAACCAGCAGACUGUUACUCUCUCCUGGUCCUUGUGAAUCCCGAGUUCGCCGCCCACCUCUCGGUGCAGUUUUCCCAGGAAGGCAGCCCAGGCCCUGCUCCAGCCUCUCGGGUGCCUCCCACAGUGGACGUGCAGGUCGUGCCUGGCGUGUCGUCCCCCCCUCGCCCCAUCUCCCCCAGCCCCUUCCUUUGCACCCCGGGUUUGUGCCACCCCACUUUUAUUGAUCCCCGGCGCGUAUGAAAGGAGCAGAGAGGGCAAGGAUUGACUCAGGGCAAACACUAUAAAGGCACCUACAGUUGGAGCCGGGGAAGGAGCCGGUUCAUGGUAAUUAUCCGGGUUAAAAUAUAACCCCGUGAAAGUUCCACCUCUGUCCCCUGGGUUCCCACGUCCUCCGAGCUCCGGCGUCCAGGUCCUGGAGGGAUUUGUGUCCCGUUCCUGGUGACGCCGAGGGGACCCACGCGUGGCUGGGAGCUGGAGCGUGACUCCUCACGCCACGGAGAGCUGGAUUUGGGGCUGGCAGAGGCACAAGCCCUGCCUGCUUCCCACCACCUGCUGCUCUUCCCAGGGUCCCGAGGUGCUGCGGAGCUGGAGAACCCCCGGGAGCCGUGUCCUGGCAGCCCCCCAUGCAUCCCAGAGGCACCAUGAUCCCCGGCGCGGGCCCCCGGAGCUGCUGCCUGCUCCUGCUGCUCUGCCUCCUUCCCUGCCCGCAGGUCCAGGCGGGCAGGGACAGCCCGGGAAUCUCCGCAGCCUCCUUCCUGCAGGAUCUGCUCCAGCGCUACGGAGAGAGCCAGACCUUGAGCCUGAAGCAGCUCAAGGCCCUGCUGAACCGCCUGGAUGUGGGAGUGGGACACGCCAACGUCUCCCAGUCACCGCAGCAGCGCCUGAACCUCUCCCGGUGCUUCAGCUCCGUGGAGCUUUUUGCCAUCCACAACCUGAGCGAGGGCUCUGCCGUGGGGCACAGGGAGUUCAAGGAGUUCUGCCCCACCAUCCUGCAGCAGCUGGAGUCGGGGGCGUGCGCCUCCGAAAACCUGGAAAAUGAGGAAAACGAGCAGACGGAGGAGGGCAGACCCAGCUCGGCUGAAGUCUGGGGUUACGGUUUCCUCUGCGUGUCCGUCAUCUCCCUGUGCUCGCUGGUGGGAGCCAGCGUGGUGCCCUUCAUGAAGAAGACCUUUUACAAGCGGCUGCUCCUCUACUUCAUAGCUCUGGCGAUUGGAACUCUCUACUCCAACGCCCUCUUCCAGCUCAUUCCCGAGGCGUUUGGAUUCAACCCUCAGGAAGAUUAUUACGUUUCCAAAUCCGCCGUGGUGUUCGGGGGCUUCUACCUCUUCUUCUUCACGGAGAAGGUCCUGAAGAUGCUCCUGAAGCAGAAGGACCAGCACCACCACGGGCACAGCCACUACGGCCCCGAGGCUCUGCCCUCCAAGAAGGACCAGGAGGAGGGGGUCACGGAGAAGCUGCAGAACGGGGACCUGGACCACAUGAUCCCGCACAUCACCAGCGAGCUGGAGCGCAAGCCCCCCUCCGGGGAUGAGAAGGCUGUGGUGGGCUCCCUCUCUGUCCAGGACCUGCAGGCCUCCCAGAGCGCGUGCUACUGGCUGAAGGAGGUGCGGUAUUCCGACAUCGGGACGCUGGCCUGGAUGAUCACCCUCAGCGACGGCCUCCACAACUUCAUCGACGGGCUGGCCAUCGGCGCCUCCUUCACCGUCUCCGUCUUCCAAGGGAUCAGCACCUCCGUGGCCAUCCUCUGCGAGGAGUUCCCGCACGAGCUGGGGGACUUUGUCAUCCUGCUGAACGCCGGGAUGACCAUCCGCCAGGCUCUUUUCUUCAACUUCAUCUCCGCCUGCUGCUGCUACGUGGGCCUGGCCUUUGGCAUCGUGGCCGGCAGCCACUUCUCUGCCAACUGGAUCUUCGCUCUGGCUGGAGGGAUGUUCCUGUACAUAGCUCUGGCUGACAUGUUCCCCGAGAUGAACGAGGUGAGCCGGGAGGACGAGCAGAACGGCAGCGCCCUGAUCACCUUCGCCAUCCAGAACGCGGGGCUGCUCACAGGCUUCACCAUCAUGGUGCUGCUCACCAUGUACUCUGGCCAGAUCCAGAUUGGGUAGGACCAGCCCGAGCUGCAACCCUGAUCCACUUUUUUCCAUUUUUUUUUUUUUUGGAGGGGGGGUGAGGGGAAGGGGUUUUCCUUGGGGUUUUUUUUUUUUCCUUCCCUUUUCCUGCUGCAAGCAAACGACGGUACCUGUGCGGGCACUGACGUCACACUACAGAGGAGACAUCGCUUUGAAAGCUGUUCCACAGACCUUCUUUGGGUUUAAGACUGUGAGGGGAGGCUGAAUCCCCCCUUCCCAUAGGACUGACCUGACCAGAGGAUCGCUUUCCCAUGUCUUAUCCCUGGUCUCCUCGCCUCUCCUGGGAAGGAUGGAGUGGGGAGGCAGGAGCUGCUUCAGCCGUGCUCAGAGCAUUCCCAUGGGAUGUGACGCCGUCCUGACCCCUUCGGGGUGGGGACGGAUGGGGACAGACCCUUCUUGGAGCGUUCCCAUGGGAUAUGACGCUGUCCUGACCCCUUUGGGGGGGGUGUAUGAUGGGGACAGACCCUUCUCGGAGCAUCCCUCGGAGCUGUGCUCUCCAGGCACAGCUGAGGAUGAGGAGGCUCAUGAUGUCACCACCAUCCAACGGGGUUUGCUCCAUUUCAGCCCUGGGGAGAGCAGGGUGAAGAGGGUUGGGAUUUUAAAGCACACUUUGGGUGUCCACGCUCGGAGCAGAGGACACCAGGCCAGGUUGGAGUGACACGUAGGCUGCUGGGAGAAGCCCGGUGGGAUAUCCUGAUCCCCCCUGUGCUGCUGGAAAAAGGGGCAAAUCCCAACUCCUCCUGGUGGGAAGGGGGGUGAGAGCAGAGCCCUGCCUGGCCGUGGGCUCCCAGCCCAGGGGUCUCUCCUCAGGCUGUGUCCAAGCUCACGGUGACACCCGGGAACAGCCACCGGCUUUUAAACACUGCUGAGGUUCAGGGUGGGGCGGGGGGUGUUUUUAAAACAAAAUACCAGACUGUGAACCUCUUUAGGUUGCGUUUUUCCAGCCUUAGGGAGUAGCCAGAGAAGGGUGUUCCAGGCACUUCCCAGCUCUGCCCCCGGGGCUGGCUUUCCCCAGAUUCACUACGUGAAUUACUAGUUAUCAUAUUGAUAAUCUUGCCCACCCCACCCCUGUUGCUUGAGGUCCCCUCACACCCCCUUUCUCCCCCCUAAACCUUGUCCUGUACCUGGUGUGAGCUCGUGGCUGUGUGGAUAAGCAGGAGUGGAUUCAGGGAGCUUCCCUUGGAUUGGGAUGGAGGAGCGGUGCGGGUGCUUUGGGAAGUGUUUGUGCUUGUCAGGGAGUGUCUUCCCUCCCUCCCUGGCUGUGUAGGGGAUGUGUGUGUGACAAUCCUGCCACCUCAGUGUGGUCCUGGAGCCGAGGAUCCCACACCUUCCCUCCCCACCCUGCAGAAAGCAAAGCCAAGGGUGUGCCAGGGAUUUUUCCUCAGCCCCUGGCACAGGCUCAGCACCUCCAGCAGCGUUGUACCCUGGUUGGAUGGCUGUAGUCCCUGAAUUCCCUUAGUUCCCAGCUGGAUGCUGUUCUUCCUAAACUCCUGACCGUUGUCACCGAGUCCCUGGACUCUGACAUUUCCAGUAUCCUUAUGGAUCAUCACCUCUGCUCUCAGUGGCUUUCCUAGGCUGGGCUUAGUCCCCUCAGCACCACAAGGCUGUUGGCUUUGUCCUGCACCCCAAAACCUAAAUAUGAACUUGUCAAGGAGCAGGGAGCCUUUUUGGGAGCACCCUCCACCCAGAGGUGCCACAUGGUCCUCGGGUGAUUCCUUCAAGGAAAGAUUCCUUCCUUUAUCUCGUGUAGUGUCUUGUUUUGUGGAUUGUCACCUUAAGUCACUUCUCCCUGUGGGACAGAGCAGCCGGGCCUGCCCUGGCUCGGUCACCUGUGCAGCACCUCACACUCAUUCCCCGUGCUGCUAAUCCAGGAGGAAAGUGCCACUGGAAACUCCUUUUCCCUGCUUGAGAGAGCUGCAGGCCCGGCCGAGCGACUCGAUGUGGAAAAUCUGAGUCCUUGGACUGGCACAUGUGCCCUCUCCUCUCUCCCAAGGGAGCAUUUGGAAAAACACCAGGUGGCUGGAGGGUUUCCAUGGGGCACCCAUGGAAAAGUGGUGGAGGAAAGGGGGGGGAAUCAGGAUGUUUGUCCCCCGAGGGCUGUGCCUGGGAGGUCCCCUAGAGCUGGGAAGCGACAGGAGCGAUGCUGGGAUUCCUGGGAGCUGGUGCGGCCCCUCGGCACAAGGUGGGAAUCGUGAAUCCGUCGUCUUCUCGUUUCCAGUUUUACCCUGGUUGGUUUUUUUUUUGAGAAAUCUGCAACCCAAAAAUUUAGGGUGUGGGGGUGAACCCCCUCCCCCAGAGAAACAAGGCUCCCCCUCUUCCCAUUCCCAGCUGGACAGGCUGGAACCUGCCAGCAGGGAAGGGAUGGGGCAGGCAGGAGGAUGAGGAGGGAAAAAACCCACCCAAAUCGAGCUCGUUAUGGAUUUUCAUCCGUGUUUCCCUUCCCGUGUCCAGUUGGAAGCUCCAGUUCCAUCUCAGUAUUUCAAUAACUCAGGUGUUGUGGGAGAGGACGCGUUGAAACAAAGAGCGUAACUUAUGUCACGUGAACUGUACAGAUAUUUGUAAAAUUCCAUAAAUAAAAUAUAUUCUGUAAUGA